AUGGAAAAAAGUGAAUUCCAUGUGAAGGAAACCGUGUUUCUUGGGUAUCUGAUUUCGGAGAACGAGGUCAGGAUGGAACUAAGCAAGGUGGAAGCCGUACAGAACUGGCCUGUUCCCAGGAACGCGACCGAUGUACGCGGAUUCCUAGGAUUCACCAACUUCUACCGCAUGUUCAUACGCGAUUACGGAAAGAUCGCCAGGCCGUUGUACGAGCUCACCAAGAAAGAGGCUGUCUUCACAUGGGGAAGGGAAGAACAGGAGGCUUUCAAAGCCAUCUGCGAUGCAGUUACAGCAGAUCCUGUGUUAAAGCUUCCUAACCCACGUAAGCAAUUUGAAGUUGAGACCGAUGCGUCAGAUUACGCCAUCGGAGGACAAUUGGGACAACGCGACGACCAAGGGAAAUUGCAUCCUCUAGCGUUCUUAAAGAAACUAGAAGGACCCCGACGUAACUACCCAAUUCACGACAAGGAACUUCUAGCUAUUAUCGAAGCAUUCCAGGAGUGGAUACCGUAUCUCAGCGGUACUACAAAGGAAGUGCUAGUCUACACCGACCAUAAGAACCUUAGGUACUUUACGACUACGAAAGUACUUAAUGGACGGCAAACGCGAUGGGCAGAAUUCUUGUCGGAGUUCAACUUUCAAAUCAACUACAAGAAAGGAUCAGAGAAUGCCCGAGCGGGCGCGUUGAGUCGCAGGGCAGACUAUGUGAAAGAUGCAGCAGAAGCCUCUGCACCUUUGUUUCAGGAACAGCCAGACGGAACGCUUACGCACCCUCUACGAGAAUGGGUAGAAUGUUGCGCCAUCUACAGGGCUAAGAACCAAGCCCCCAGUCGACAGGCUACUAUUGCCACGCCCGAAGACAGGCAGCGAUGGGAGGACAGCCCGGACGAAGGAGUCACCCUUCAGAACGAUAAGCUAUGGUACCACGAUAAGGCCUAUGUAUGGCCGGAGCAGCAAGAAGCUCUCAUCCAGGAUAUCCACGCAUCCAAAAUUGGAGGACAUAUGGGUAUCACGAAAACCAUAGCACGGAUACGGCAACACUACGGCUUUCCCAGGAUGAAAGACGAAGUGGCUCGAACAUUGCAGGCCUGCGAGCAAUGCAGCAGAACCAGGGUUGCAAGACACAAACCAUACGGAUUUCUCAAACCUCUGGAAGUCGCAGAACGGCCGUGGAGCUCGGUAACGAUGGACUUUAUUACCAAGCUACCGCUAUCUAUCGACACUGCCACAGGAGUCACCACGUUCUUCGGCCUCCCACUCCUCCAACUCUGUCGCGGCAACUCGCGCUACGUCGCAGGCACGCACCGACAACUCCUCCUGACGACGCUAAACCUCAGCAAGACGAAGGAUACGAUCUUGCGCCGUUUGAAGGAACGGGAGAACUUGGUCUUGCACCUCUUUCAAGAGUUCGGCGUGCUCCCGCUUUAA